CAUCAAGUUCAUAGUGUUCUUCAUUAUGCUCGUCAUGGUCAUGUUCACGAUGCUCAUCAAGUUCAUAGUGUUCUUCAUUAUGCUCGUCAUGUUCAUGAUCAUGAUGCUCGUCAUGGUUCUGGUGCUCGCCAUGCUGAUUAUCAGCAGGAUGUGUCAAAGCCGCCUGAUUAUUGGCAUUUACAUCUCCAAGCUCACCCCACUGAUCCCCAGCAGACAUCCUUCCCAAAAACUAUCAAUAAUAAUAAACAAUAUUUAUAUUCAUGUAAAUAGAAAAGUACUAGAGAGGUGUUUAUGCCUCCGUUUGUAUUGUUAUUAA